AUGGCGGCCAAUUGGAAAAGAUUCAGAAGAGACUGGGAUAACUAUGAAAAGGCCACGAAACUCACAACAGAGACAGAAGAUAUACGUGUAGCAACUCUAAUGACCAUAAUUGGAAGUGAGGCAGCAGACGUGUUUGAUUCAUUUGGAAAAGGGCAGGAGACAAAAAUAAAUGAAAUUUUAAAGAGUUUUGAAGAGUUCUAUGUUGGGAGAACUAACGAAACAUAUGAGAGAUAUGUCUUCAAUACGAGAAGACAAGAAGAGGACGAGAACAUUGACUCGUACAUAACUGCCCUGAAGAAACUGGCAAGCAGCUGCAACUUUGAUAAACUAGAAGAGAGUCUGAUUAGAGACCGAAUUAUCUUAGGGGUCAGAAGUGAACACUUAAAGAUGAAACUGUUGCAAGAUGAUAAACUAACCCUACAGAAAUGCAUAGAUGUGUGUAGGAUAUAUGAAAGAUCACAAAGGCAAAUGAAAGAUAUCAGAGAAGGAAGAAACGAACCUUUGGACAAACCAACAAUUGAAAGAAUUUCAACAUCUAAGUCAGGUCCAAAAUACAGAAAGGAAUAUCAACAGAGUGACAAGGGGCCAAGACAAAGUAAAACUUGUAAAUUUUGCAAGGGCGACCAUGAAUACAUAAAGGAAAAAUGUCCGGCCUGGGGAAAAUCAUGUCACAUUUGUGGAGGCAGGAAUCAUUUCGCCUCAGUCUGCAAAAAGAAAAUAUACAGCAUUACGCAAUCAAAGACACGGAGCAACAUAGACUCAGACACAGAAGAAGAUGAAGUUACACUCCAAACUGAAUGGGUGAUGGCAAUGAAUGGCCCCAAAAAGCAUAGGAUGACUGCCGUCAUGAUGAUCAACAACCAAAGAGUCAGAUUCCAAGUGGACAGUGCCGCCGACGUCAAUACCAUAAACGAAAAAUAUGUGUGCCCAGACCAGAUAGUACCGACGUCCCAGAGAUUAACAAUGUGGAAUAAGACGGUAAUGGAGCCAAAAGGAAAAGCUACCUUGGUAACCACCAAUCUAAAGACCAAUGAGAAAUUCAAUGUUGAGUAUGUGGUAGUACCAAAUGAUCUAACAUGCCUGCUAGGAUUAUCAACACUGAGGAAGAUGGAACUCAUUCACAUUAAUGAAGACCGAUUUAUUGCCAAAGUGGAAGCCACAGGGAACAAACAUCAAAACAUUGACACACUCGGUGACUUGGGCGUGGCUACAUUGAAAAUAGACAAAACAGUGAAGCCCAAAGUCCUACCAUGUAGAAGAAUUCCUAUAGCAUUAAAAGAGAAAGUCAGAGCCCAACUAAACUCAUUAGUUCAACGAGGAAUUCUGGAAAGAAUAACUGAGCCCACAGAGUGGGUUAGUCAAAUGGCAUUGGUAGAGAAAUCAGAUGGCAGUAUCAGAAUCUGCAUUGAUCCUCAACCCUUGAACAAGGCACUACUGAGGGAGCACUACAACCUAACAACACUAGAAGACAUUUUGGCUGAAAUGGGUAACGCCAAGAUAUUUAGCAAAGUCGAUAUUCAAGAAGCUUUUUGGCAUAUCAAACUAGACCCGGACUCAUCAGGUCUCACUGCAAUGGCGACCCCAUUCGGUAGAUACAAAUGGAAUAGACUUCCUUUUGGUCUCAAAGUAAGCUCGGAAGUCUUUCAAAGACAUUUGAAUGAUGCGUUGGAGGGACUAACAGGAUGUUUUAACGUGGUGGAUGAUAUAAUGGUAAUUGGAAAGGGGGACACAGUAGAAGAGGCUCGCAAAAAUCAUGAGGAAAACCUAUCAAAAUUACUCAAUAGGCUAAAGGAAAAGAACAUCAGACUAAAUGAAAAGAAAUCAGCAUUCCGAAAGUCAGAAAUUGUGUUUCUGGGACACAUUAUUUCCCAGUCAGGAAUAAAACCAGACCCAAACAAGGUGAGAGCCAUAACAAAUCUAAAAACCCCUGAAGACAUUACAUCGGUUCGUAGAUUUUGUGGAAUGAUACAAUAUCUAUCAAGAUUCAUCCCAGGUCUUUCAGCAGACCUACAACCAAUAACAGAACUGACUAAGAAACACAAGCUAUUUGUGUGGUCGAAUGACUGCGAGAAAGCAUUUAAUAGUGUCAAACAGAAGAUAUCCAAUCAUGGAACCCUAAGUUAUUUCGACCCGGAGAAGAAAGUAACUAUUCAGGCGGACAGCAGUCAAAAUGGCCUAGGAGCUGUACUACUACAAGAUGACAAACCCAUAGCAUACACAUCAAGAUCACUCACAGAGCCUCAGAAAAAGUGGGCUCAAAUCGAAAAGGAACUCUUGGCUGUAGUAGUAGCUCUAGAAAAAUUUGACCAGUACACGUACGGCAGAACAAUAAUAAUACAGAAUGAUCAUAAACCUUUGGAAAAUAUACUCAAUAAACCCCUCAGUUGUGCACCUAAAAGGCUUCAAAGCUUAAUGAUGCGCUUGUACCGAUACGAUGUUCAGUACCAGUAUACCAAAGGAAACAGACUACAGAUUGCUGACACGCUAAGCAGAGACCCUUUGCCAGAACAGGAAGAUUUUCCUGACACUUCUAUCAACACUGUAGGACUGGCCCUCCCAGAUAUAAUGUUAGAUAAAGUUAAAGAUGCAGUCAAAAUAGACAAUGAGAUGCAGAUGUUGAAACAGUACAUACUGAACGGUUGGCCAGACAAACAUCAUAUUGUACCAGAACUCAAACAAUAUUGGUCACUUGCAGAUGUACUGACCUAUGAGGAUGGCCUUCUAAUGAAAGGGGAGAGAAUAAUUAUCCCAAGAGCAUUAAGAAAAGAAGUUGAAACCAAACUACAUGCAGCACAUUUAGGGUAUGAUGCCAUGAUGAGAAGAGCAAGGGACGCAGUUUUCUGGCCGGGAAUAGCGGCAAGAAUAAAAGAAAUAGCCAAUGCAUGCCAACCUUGUCAGCAAAGUAAACCUGCAAACCAGAAAGAAAGCUUAAUACAGCAUAAUGAGGGUUCAAAUCCCUGGGACAAAGUUGGAAUAGAUUUGUUCCAAAUAUUUGACCAACAAUACCUUGCCAUAGUUGACUACUAUUCAAAUUUUAUUGAAGUAGAACAUUUGCACACAACAACAAGUCAAGUUGUUAUAAGAAAACUAAAAAAUUUGUUUGCCAGAUAUGGAGUCCCCAAAGUGUGCAUCAGUGAUUUUGGACCUCAGUUUUCAUCUGCUGAAUUCACCGCAUUUAUGGCAGCAUGGGGUGUCCACCAUUUAAAAUCUUCACCAGGACACCAUCAGUCAAACGGCAAGGCAGAGGCAGCAGUGAAAAUAUUAAAGAAUCUGAUGAAAAAAUCCAAAGAAAGUAAAUCAGAUGCCUAUGAAGCCCUAUUAGAGUUUAGAAAUACACCCAGGCAAGAUACCAACUUAAGUCCGGCUCAGAUGCUCUUUGGAAGGGUAACAAGAACGCUAUUGCCAAGAAGAGAGCAUCCUGCAAGAAUGUCACAACAAGAAGCCGCGGCCAAACGGGAGAAGCGACAGCAAAGUGUUAGAAAACACUACAACCAAACAGCUCGUGACAUGAAGCUUAUAAACGUCGGACAGAAAGUCUUCUAUCAAUCGCCAAACGAUACUACCUGGAGACAAGGCAGAGUAUGUCGGAAAGUGAACGAACGUGCCUAUAUUGUAGAAGGUGAAAAUGGUUUUAAGUACCAAAGAAACAGAAGGCACCUAAGACCUGACACCACUAACAACAUAGACUUUUAUCCAGAUAGAGAAAGUAAUUGUACUGACAUUUUCCCAGACGCAGAGAAUGAGUGUAGUAACAGUCCGCCCAACGCCGAAAACACUCACCGGUACUCUCUGCGACCUAGGGCCACUCUCCAGAAACCAUCAAGAUAUGGAGACUAUGUUUAA